AUGGUCGGGAGCCCCAGAUGUGCCAGGCUGCUGGCGGGUCUUCAGGAUCUGCAGGCGCACAUGCACACGCGCGGCCUCCUCAGGGUUUCAGGCGGCGCCAACGGAAAGAACGGCCAGGAAGUUUCCCUCGCGGGAGUAGUCCCUGCGAGCCCAACCCCGCGGGAUGCGUGGGCGGCCCCCGGCAGGGGAGGCCCGAGCGGGUGGAAGGGGGCCGGGGGCGGGCGGAAUCUUGACCGAGGGGUUUGGAUGGAGUUAAUAAAGCACGUAACUCUCCUGCACGUUCCACGUCUGCCAAGAGAGUGGUAG